GCUUUGCUACAGCCAGUGAAGCCAAGCGAAGGUGGUGGCGUCUUACUAGAGGUCGCGGAACGGAGGCGGGCAAGCAGCAUGGCAGCAGCGUUAAUGUUCCGAGCCUCCGUUAGUUUGCUGCACAGGCAUGGGAAAAUUUGUGCAGACUGGCUCGCUCGGGUGUCUUCUAGGGCAAUGGCUUCCAAAACUCCAGUUGGAUUUAUUGGUUUGGGAAACAUGGGAAAUCCAAUGGCAAAAAACCUUGUGAAACAUGGUUACCCCAUUAUCGCAUGUGAUGUAUUUCCAGAAGCAUGUAAGGAAUUCCAAGAGCUGGGUACCCAGGUGGGUGAGUCUCCAGCAGAUGUAGCAGAUAAAGCAGAUAGGAUUAUUACAAUGCUUCCAUCUAAUCCUAAUGCAAUAGAAGUUUACAUAGGUACCAAUGGAAUUCUCAAGAAAGUGAAGAAAGGUUCUCUAUUAAUAGAUUCCAGUACUAUUGAUCCCGAAGUUUCAAAAGAGCUAGCUAAAGAAGCUGAAAAAAUGGGAGCUGUUUUUAUGGAUGCCCCUGUUUCUGGUGGUGUUGGAGCUGCUCGUGCAGGAAAUCUUACCUUCAUGGUCGGGGGAGUAGAGCAGGAAUUUGAUGCUGCAAAAGAGCUGCUCACAUGUAUGGGUUCCAAUGUGGUCUAUUGUGGAGAAGUUGGAACUGGACAGGCUGCAAAAAUCUGCAAUAAUAUGCUGUUAGCCAUCAGUAUGAUUGGAACCGCUGAGACCAUGAAUCUUGGAAUCAGGUUAGGGCUUGACCCAAAGCUUCUGGCCAAAAUUUUAAAUAUGAGUUCAGGCCGUUGUUGGUCAAGUGAUAUAUACAACCCUGUGCCAGGAGUAAUGGAAGGGGUACCUUCUGCUAAUAAUUAUCAAGGUGGCUUUGGAACAACCCUUAUGGCAAAGGAUCUUGGCUUGGCCCAGAUUUCUGCCACCAACACCAAGUCUCCAGUCCCGCUUGGAUCCCUAGCCCAUCAGAUUUACAGGAUCAUGUGUGCCAAGGGCUAUGCCCAAAAAGACUUCUCAUCUGUAUUCCAGUUUUUACGGGAAGAAAACUUGUGAACUCUCUAUUGACUUUUAACUAGAGACAUUGUUAAAAAAAACGUGUAUUUAGAGCUUCUUUCAGAUUAAUCAAAUACAUGAGUUUAAUCAAAGAUCAUGAAUCAUGAUCUCACUCACUUCUGUAUUCUAAUGUCACUGCUAACUCCAAGAUUUCCUAUCUUUUCAAAUACAGUGGAAUUUUUUUUUUUUAUAAUUUAUAUAUAACUUACUUUUUAAAAAGUGCAGUAGUAGAGUUUAAAGAAAACCCAGUAUAUUUGUAUUUACAUACAUACUUCCAAAUGACGGUUUUCCAAACUUGUUAUCUCCAGAUGCAAUGGAUUUUAACUUUAAGAUUACAAAAUGGGCAUGGGCUCUAAAUUGGGAAAAAAUUUUCUGAACUGUAGAGGUAUAACAGUUUAAAGAGCUCCUGAACUUCCUAAGUAAUAUUCUUCUUUACUUUUUAAAAAAUUAUUAUAAUGAAGAAUUAAUGAUAAAAAUUUGUAUUAAUUAACGAUUGCAAUUUAUUUGAAAUCUGGUGCUUAUGGUUUUGGAAAGUCAUAGUAAAAAUAACAGUGUGCUGCAUGUUUAACAUUUUUUCCUCAGUAGCUUAACUUUAUACAUUUUUAAUUUUCUCAACUUUUCAACAGAUUCAUGUCUACUUCCUUUACUGACAUGCAGAGAUCUUGGUAUUGUUAUAAAUCUAAAUAAAUAAAUCCUUUGAAAUCUAAGGUAAAGAUCACAAGAAGAAAUAUAUGGGCUUAUUGUAAGGGGUGUAUUCUCUUGCUUUUAUUAUGAUCAGAUUCUACGCAUGGUCAUACCAAUAAAAAUGCAUUUUGAAAAAUACAUAAAAGAAUUAAAGACCUGUUUUGUAUAAACAAGAGGGAUAGUGUAAAGGUCUGUAGAUUGGUGUGUUCAUUAAAUUUCCAUUCUUGUUUGUUAAGAAUGCAGUCUACAGCUAUUGAAAUAGAUAGAAUAUAUAAGAUUAUUAAUCUCCUGGUAUCAUAAACAGAGCUUGUGAACAUUUUUCUUUAUUGUUCUUUAUUGUUACAGUAAUUCUUGAAACUCUGCAUGAAGAGAAAUAAUAAACAUUAAUCAGAAUUACCUGAUCACUAUAGCUUUUAACAGGGCAGUUGAUCAACCUACAAAUUAUGAACAUUCCUAUAAAAAGGUAAUGAAUUACCAACUGAAUUGGAUCACUUUGGAACAUGUUCUUCUUUUUUGUUACUAUGAUCUAUUCAAUCCUAGAACUGAAGCAAUAUAAUUUUUUAAUAAUCCUUUUUAUAAUUAGUGAUAAUCAUAUAACUGAUUUCAGAUCACUCUUUUGAAGGUUUAAGUGUGGUCAAAAUGAACAAUAUGGCAGCAGAAAAAUUGCUGAGUGAUUUAAAAUAUAGAGUAAAAAAAACUGAAGAAAGUUCCAUGCUGGUUCUGUAGAUCUGAUGGUAGGGCAGAUGUGAUAAAGAUAGCACAUAAACACAUGGAACAUUCUGGAAAGUAAGCAGUCAAAAUGUUCCAACUAAGAAUACUGGAAAUGUGAAAUGGAUGAAGCUUCCUCUUUCAUUUUGAUAGACAAGGCUAUUGGGGGAAAAUACACCCUGUUAAUUAAAGGUACUUAGGAUAGGGAUACAAGACUUCUUUUUCAUGGAGUGGCUUCCUUACUGGGUUGGGAGUUCUGAAUUUUGUUUCCCAAGCACUACGUGGGAUUGUUUCUGUUUUGUUUUACAAUUAGGUAUUCUACAUGCUAUGAAUGUAAAGUAAAUUUUAAGCGCUUGAUUUUCUACAGUGGUACAAUUAAAAAAAAAAAACAAAUCCCAUAGUAGAUUAAGAGUCUGUUAACAUCUUUCAACUCUUCCAGAAUUUGAAAAAAAUUCCAAAGCCAUUUUGGUGGAAUAGAGCCAGAAAAAAUCCUGAUAUAGUAUUACUAGUUCAUUAAAAGGAAUGGCUAUGAAGCCUUGUUGGGAUAAUUGCAGUUAGUUACAUAGGAUAGAUUUUGUUGCUAAACAAUUUAACAUGAAAAAGUGCAGUCUUAUGAUGUCCCUUAAUAAGUAAAUUUAGAUAUUUACUCACAUAAAUUUCUUUGAGUUCUGUUCCAUGUUUCCAUCCCAGGUCAAUACAUAAAAUUGCAUGAUUUAGUAACUGAAACAACCUCAGUUUUGUGGCGAUAGAUUCUACUGAAAGAAAAAGAAGGUGAACAAAAACGGAAAAUACCCAAAUAUUAGUGUUGAUAUAUGAACACUAACUAAUGCUAGGACAAAAAUGGUAUUUCAGUGCUUUGCCUAAUAUAACAUCACACAAUGGUCCUAUAGGCAGAAUUAUAGAGGAGUAUAGGGAUAUGUCAAUUUUUCUCCCUUGCCAAUACUUAAUUAUGAAAGUUUGUGUAGGUGGCAGUUUCAAAUGAAUCGGAAGAUAAAAUUCACGAAGUAUUCUGUUGGCUGGCAAUCACUUUCAGAGAAAUGGGACUAUAAUCCAUAAUUGAAAGCAACACUAUUGUUUUGAGCAGGAUAGUGGUUUCAAGUUAUGUAAAUUAUUAUGUUAAAUAUCUAGAGAUGCCAUCUUGCUUAUCCAAUGUAAAGAGUAUGGUUUUAUUUCUGUCCGUGAAGUUUUAUACAUUUUGUGAGCAAUAAGUUUCUGAAGUGGUUUGCUUUUCUUCUUUUUUUUAAAGCAUGUCAUAUUAUAAAAAUGUGUAUUGGGUGACUUUCAUCUCUUUAACAGUUAGCUUCUUGAAACCCAAACUAAAUUGUGAAAUUAGUAAUUAAAAUGGCUACCACUCAGAAAAUAGAUCAUUUCUGUAAUAGAUCUAUCACUCCUGUGUCUGAUUUUAUAAUUUAUCAUAAAUUGUAUCAUAACAACAGAAACACAUGAUUUAUUAAAUACAUAAAAAGAUAUUGAAGGUUUCAAAUCUCA